AUGAGUCUCAGAAAGAGCAAGCUUGAUUUACUCGUCCGCGUCCGUUAUUCAAAUCCACUCCCCGCGCCCCCAUAUCCUCCAAAACUACUUGAUAUCACUACGAAUCCGUUACGCUAUGCCCAACCAGCGUUCAUCAACGCAAUCACAAACGACACACCUCUUCCGAUGAUUAUUGACGCCGAAUGUGGCAUGCCUCUGGACCUUGGACGCUGGGAGUGUCUAUGGGAAGAGGAUGGGAAUGAUACCACACUGAAUCCUGACCCGGAUAACUUGCCUUCCCUCGACCCAAAAGAUCGCUUCCUUCUUAGUGACCCUUCAGCAUCUGCUGCACCCUACCCCAAUGGUCCAACAAUAUCAGGGACGUUGUCACCUCUCCCUCCACACGUACCCUGGCUCCGAAAAACGGAGUAUCUCAGCCGCGAAGGCGUACAGCGCACUUCAUCACACGAAUCGAAACAAGUUCUCCAACCUAUCGAUGUCUCACAUGAGGCGCAACUUUGUACCAUCGAAGCCGGCUUCGCCGCUUGUACAUCCCUUGACUUGAUCACACUCUCUCAUCCCAACAAGGCCGGUGUCACCGCUGUCGAGUCCUACGAGGUGCUCCCAGAUGCAGACAUCUGGGCCAAUGCAUACGACUUGUUCCGUUUCAGCGAGCGCCCCGGCGAACGACCCGCAGACACGGAAGACCCACGGCUGGACUGCGCGAUUCUGCGCCCGAUGGAAAGUGACGGGGAUCACUUCCUCGCAUAUUACUUGACGAAGGAGGACGCCGAUGCCCUGGAAUUCAAAGAGGAACGAUUGGCACCGAAAGGGGGCGACGAGAACGGGUCAACGGCAUUCCACUUCAUACGCGACUACGAGACCGUCAAAAUCGAACAAGAAGUACCCAAUGAAUUUUUACUUCUUCUUGACAAUGGAGACACAGGCGAGCGCAGGCCAGGCGCAUAUUACAAAAAUAUCGAGCGCAAGAUGACGCUUAAGAAGAAGCGGAUGAAUCAAAGCGAUACCUAUGCAGACAAGUGGCAAGUUGUGCAUAUUUCACACGUGCCCAUGAGCAGCGAGGAAAUCGACGAGCGCAAUGACGCUCUCUCGGAAGUUGUAGAUCCACUGUACCUCUUUUCGCGUGAUGCCGAGGGUGAGGUAGAUGCGGAUGGCGAAGUGGACGUCGGGGGGAUAGAGAUGGGUGCAGAAGGAGGUGCAGAAGGGGGGAUUAUGGCUGAAAUCUUUUGA